GUCGCAGCCUUUUCUCCGGCGAAGUCAAGGGUUCGGUGCGCCUCGACGAGCACGACCCAUCCCUGGUGGUCGCCGCCUCAUCCCUCUCUCGACGCGCCGUCACGUGUCGUUUCUUUCUGGCCACUCUCGGGCGCGUGGGAUCCACGCGCCGCCUUCCCCGUGUCGGAACUUCACCGUGCCACUGUCGGUCAUUUCGCCUCAGUCUCCUGGGUGUGUUGUGGUCUCUGAUUUGCUGUUUUAUUGAGGGUUGCUCCGAUUAGGGUUUCUUCCCACAAUCAAUUUUUCCCUCUUUUCUGUUUGGCUUUAUAAUGGCUGGUCUUGGAACACCGUCUCUCUCUGCUACUCCUACCAUUACUUCUGCAAAACUCAAUUGGAAAAACUAUUUAUCUUGGUCUUCUUCCGUGGAGUUAUGGUUUCUUGGUCAAGGAUACCAUGAUCAUCUUGAACAAGAUAUUUCCACCGUUUCUGAUGAAGAGAAAUCUCAAUGGCAGAAGCUUGAUUUUCAACUAUGUGCUGCCCUAUGGCAACCUGUUGAACAAGAAGUCUUAGAAAUUUUGAGACCUUACAAAACGUGUUCCUCUUUUUGGAGAAAAGCUCAAGAUAUCUUUGCUAACGAUGUGCAACGUCUCUUUGAUGCAACUCAAAGAGUGACUUCCCUCGAACAAAACAAUCAUGAUAUGGUUGCUUACAUAGGAAAGGCCCGUGCUGCUGUAGAAGAAUUGAAGAAUUUCUUUGUGGCUGAUUCUUUAGAAGGCCUAAACAAGAAGCUUGAUAAGUUUUACAUGGUCUUAAUUCUAAGAGGNCUACAUUCAGACUUUGAUCAUGUUCGUGAUCAAAUGUUAGCUGGUGAUCAAGUUCCAUCAAUGGAUAGCUUAGUUACUUGACUUCUUCGGGUGCCUUCAUUAGUUAAAAACGAAAGUUCAAUUGGUGGUAUUGAAACAUCAGCUAUGGUAGCACCACAAGGAAGAGGAGGAGGCAGAAGCAACNGAGGAGGACGUGGUGGUCGUGGUAUGCGUCCUCAGUGCACAUAUUGUAAGAGAAUAGGCCAUACUCGAGAGAAAUGUUAUGCCUUACAUGGAUAUCCAGACAAAGUUGCUCAUGUUUUUAAAUCUGAUGAUCUCGAAUCCAAAAUUUCAAAUGAAGAGUACCAAGAAUUUUUGAAGUAUAAGUCUGGAAAAUCUUUUAAUCC